AUGCCAAAUGAUGAAGACAUUCAAGACCAGUUCAUCGCGGCCGUCAGCCCCAAACUCCCGUCAUUUUGGCCCACGCGGGUCAGAGUUUGGUUCAUCCGUGCCGAGGCCGAGUUCAACCUCCGGAACAUCACCCAGGACGAGACCAAGUGGUCACUCGUCGUCGCCGCCCUCGACGAGACCACCGCUGGACGAAUCCUCAACCUUCUGGAGCACCCGCCGGCUACGGACAAAUACAGGGCCAUCAAGGACAAACUCACCGCUACUUUCAGCUUGAGCCGCCGGGAACGCGCGACGGCUCUUCUGAACAUCGGGGAGCUCGGCGACCGGAGGCCCUCUGAGCUGAUGGACGAGAUGCUAGCCUUGCUCGGCGACGAAACCAAGAACUUCCUCUUCGAGGAACUGUUCCUCCAGAAGAUGCCAGAGUCCAUCUGA